AUUGUCUCUGUAUAACGCGUCAGUUAAAAACUCGACAAUUUAUGAAAAGGGGUUGAGGAGCCUGGGCCGUGAACGCACCAUAAUGGGCGGGGCUAAUUUUGUAUUUGAACGUAUGGCGGCGAGUGACCAGCAGAGUCGAAACUCGCCGUAGCAAGCUGCAUUUUAAUCGAGACACUGCAUACAUGGACUCAAACGACACAUUAACGAUAAUCCAAGGGAUGCGUCGAUUCCAACGGAUCACGCAGUAAGCCAACGUGCCGUUUUUGGUAGGUAUGGCGACCACUGAUCAAGCACUCCGCUGAGGCUAAUCCUUGGUGUUAGCUAACAACGGUGUUUAUCUCACGCUUAACCAGAUGAAUGCCAAGUCAUUUGUGAUCGAAAUGCGCGCGCGUGUGUUCCUGCCUUCAUAACAGGGCGAUCCUCCGGGAAUUAAGAUGCCUAUACGCGCAUUCUGCAUAAUUUGCUGCGAUUUAUUCGAUCAUUCCAAGGAUGUCGCCGCUAUCAACUGCGGACACACUUUCCACAGUGACUGCCUCCUUCGGUGGUUUAAAACGGCGCCGACAAGAACAUGCCCCCAGUGUCGGAAGCAGGCCAGCACUCGGCACAUUAUCCACAAGCUCUUCUUUGACAUCGGCUCAGAGGAAGCGCGUCCAGUAGAUCCAGAAAGCUUGGAGAAUGAGCUUCAGAGGCUACGGGCCCUUUUAAGUUUGAAAGAGAGAGACUGUCGGGACAAACAGAAAACCGUGGAUGAUUUGAAGGACUCUGUGGACAAGCAGAGGAGAGACUUGGACAGCAUGCGGAAAGAGAUUUUCGAGAAGGACGCGCUGUGUUCUGCUCUCAAGAAACAAAUGACUUACCUGGAGGCGCAACGUGACGAUGUUCAAGCUGCCAAGGACGAGGCCCGUAGGCUGAGGACCAAAAUAAAAACCUUUGAAAACAUGGGCGUUUUGUUACAGGGCCAACGAGCCGAGGUGGAGUCCAUGAUUACGGACAUGGGUGUGAGUCAGACGGCUGUGGAGCAGCUCUCGAUCUACUGCAUCUCCCUCAAAAAAGAGUAUGACAAUUUAAAGGCAACCUUGAAGUCUUCCAACGACACGUGCGAGAAACUGCGGCGAGAAGUGCUCGCCUCCAACUGCAAGAUGCAAAAAGCCUCGCUGGAAGUCAAUCAAACGAAAGAGGACAUGAAGUCCCUGCAAAAGGAUCUCACCGGCGCAGACCGAGAGAUAGCGAGUUUGAAGAAGAAAGUGGAGUUUCUUCAGAAAUCUCUGAGCACCCCAACAAGGACAAAUGAGGCGCUCGGCCGGCUCGUCUUUGAGAGCCCGGCUCCCAUUGAGCUGAAACCGCCUCGCCUCCACCCGCCUGUUGAUGGCGACGAGAUUGAUCUCAACUUGACCUAUGACGUCACGACGCCAGAUGACGCGGCCAAGAGGCCGGGAAAGACGCCAAGCAAGAAGAUGCGCUUCGACCCUCAACCGUCAUUAGUUUCCGCACGCGAUGAGAGGGCCUCCGCGUUAAGCAAGGCCCGAGAGGAGGAUGCAGCCACGGAUCCUUUUUUGAGGAACUCGCUGCUUUUCAGAAAGAAGACCUUUGGCAGCAUGCUGGACCCUCAAAGGAAGCUCGGGGCUGUGAAAAGCGGUUAUGACGGCUUCGGAGGACGAACCAAAUUUAUCCAGCCUUCUCCGUUGGCAGAGAUUCGCCCGCUCAUAAAAGCCAGAAGAAAAAAGGUGAGCAGGCCAACGUUGAAGCCGGGACCGCGCCUGACGCUGGAUAGCUUCCUGGAGUGACGGCGCGGAACGUGAACUGCACUUCGCGUGGCGUUUCCCCACCUUCCGAAGCGUGCCGGGAGGUGGCCAACCACUUUUGUUAGCCAUGUUUUCGUGAAAGCAAAUUUGGGGUUUUGUGUGCGAGGAAACGCUCCAAACUUUUUUGUGUGCGAGUGACCGUCUCGGCGAACGCAUGUGCCCUGCUCAUGCGUUGUUUCAGUUAACAUAGUGAAACGUUGUCAUUUGAGCUCUUAUUUCAAAUCUUCGGUGCCGUAGUGUCAUUUAUGUUUUACCAAUGGAGGUGUCCCCAUAAGCUGGAGACCAACGUCAAUAAUAAACAAUACUUUUAUUAA